UGUGUGUUGGCGGUGUGAUCGCGGUCGAAAAAUGUCUCCGCGCGCAUGUUUCCUCACCUUCAACCGUUCUUUUAGUUGCGGUCGCCCGCGCUCGGCACAGCGGCGACCGCCUGGUGAUGAUUCGACACAAAGGCGAUAAUCAUGUCACAUUUCUCCCCCUAACAAAAGAUGAAAAAAAUCGGUAUUACAUACAUACCUACCUACUGUUGUUGGCCGGAGGGAGGACAUCCACCCUUUCUCAGUGCCACAGACAUACAUGCCAGAAGGACGGAAUGGGUGUGGAGGUGGAUCAGUCGGAUCCAAUCCACCGGCCAUUGUUGAUAAGGGCAAUACCGUUUCGUUAUAAAAAGUGGCCGGAACCGUCGAAAGUGCAUCAGUUUGUCAGCAAUUGUAGCGCCGUGCGCCAAGUUCCACUCUCGUCAGAGGCCAAAGCUCCACCCGAAGCAGAUACGAUGAAAUACGUUCUAGUGACAAUUGCCCUCCUGGUGCUGGCGGUGGCUCUCGUAUCUGCCCUUCCCGCCGUCCAAGAUGAGUCCCUCUUCGGUAAUCCCGUCGAAGUGCAGGAAGUGGACGUAAUCAACCCUCAGGACCCACAGGCCUUCUUCAAGCUGCGCAAGCUGAAGCGUCUGCUCUUCCUGGGCUAAGCGGCGUUUGUUUUACAACAGUUAAUAGUUACCCAACCG